GUUAAUCGGUCUAUUGCAGCGGCUGCAAAAGAGGGGCAGCUGAAAGGACAGCUGCAUCUAGGGAAAAACAUCAACAACUGCGGAACGACAGACUCUGGGACCUUUAGUACUCUCUGGGAAAGACAAUUGGACAUUUUUCCCCCUUAGAUAUUCCACAAUGACCGGCAGCCCCGUUACUGGGCUGCUAGUUGCGCUGUGCGUAACCAGCGCGGUCCAUUGUAUGCCAAAGAACCAAGGAAAAAGCAAAAGACAAACCCAGCAACAAGUUUAUCCCGAACUAACAUCUGCAGACUCCAUUGCUCAAGUUGGCUGCGAUGAGAAUGGUCGUUCAUUCAGGUUCAACGAGCAGUGGGAGAAAGCCUACCGUGGAAGCACGUUACUGUGCACUUGCAACGGUGUGGCAGGGAUCAAAUGUAAAACAAAACCUGAAGUGGAGUCAUGCUAUGACAAACUCAACGAUCGGACAUACAGUGUCGGUGAAACCUACGAGAGACCGAAGGACGGUAUGAUGUGGGACUGCACCUGCAUCGGUUCUAACCGGGGCAAAAUCAGCUGUACCAUUGCAAACCGCUGCCACGAGGGAGGUCAGUCUUAUAAAAUCGGGGACACCUGGAGACGGCCUCACGACACGGGUGACUACAUGCUGGAAUGCGUGUGCCUCGGAAACAACAAGGGAGAGUGGACUUGCAAACCCGUUGCUGAGCGCUGCUAUGACAACACAGCUGGAGCAUCAUACGUGGUGGGUGAGACGUGGGAGAAGUCAUACCAGGGCUGGAUGAUGAUCGACUGCACCUGUCUAGGAGAGGGGAAUGGACGCAUCACCUGUUCAUCCAGAAACCGCUGUAAUGACCAGGACACCAAGAGAUCCUACCGUAUCGGAGACACCUGGACCAAGAAAGACACCCGCGGACACAGCCUCAACUGCCUGUGCACGGGGAACGGCCGUGGAGAGUGGAAGUGUGAACGCCACACCUCCUCCUCGUCCUCCUCCAGCCUGGGUACAGGUACUCACAUGGUGACCAACAUCCACACCACCCAGGUGGUCCCUCAGCCAGAGCCCCCCACCGAGGGCACCUGUCGCACAGACUCCGGCGCCUCGUACCACGAUGGCAUGCGUUGGAUCAGAAGUCAGGGCAGCAAGCAGAUGCUGUGUACAUGCCUGGGGAACGGAAUCAGCUGUGAGGAGUGGGAGGGCCAGUCCCGGGUGUACGGGGGGAACUCAGACGGACAGCCCUGCGCCUUCCCCUUCGUGUUCCAGGGGAAGACCCACUACUCCUGCACCUCGGAGGGCCGGAGCGACGGGCAGCUCUGGUGCUCCACCUCCUCCGACUAUGACACCGACCAGCAGUACUCCUUCUGUACUGAGAAGAACGCCCUGGUGACAACCCGUGGUGGCAACUCUAACGGCGCUUUGUGUCAGUUCCCCUUCCUUUACAACGGGCGUAACUAUAGCGACUGCACCGCAGACGGUCGCCGCGACGGGAUGAAGUGGUGUGGCACCAGUACUAACUACGACGGAGAACAGCACUAUGGGUUCUGCCCCAUGGCGGCCCACGAGGAGGUGUGCACCACCAACAACGGCCUCAUGCACCGCGUGGGCGACAAGUGGGACAAACGUCACGACGUCAUGGGUCACAUGAUGCAGUGCACGUGCCAGGGAAACGGACGCGGAGAGUGGAGCUGCAUUGCCUACUCCCAGCUCAGAGACCAGUGCAUCGUAGAGGGCCUGACCUACGAGGUGUCCCAGACCUUCACCAAGCGUCACGACGAAGGCUACAUGAUGAACUGUACCUGCUUCGGCCAGGGGCGGGGUCGCUGGAAGUGUGAUGCCAUUGACCAGUGCCAGGAGCCUGAAACGAGGGCCUUCCACCAGAUCGGAGAGUCUUGGGAUAAGGUCAUCCACAACGUCCGCUACCGCUGUUAUUGCUACGGCAACGGCAUCGGCGAGCUCAGCUGCGAGCCCCAGCAGACCUACCCAGGAGGUAAUCGCCCCGUCCAGGUGAUCAUCACAGAGGCAGGAAAGCAGCCUGACUCCCACCCCAUCCAGUGGAACCCACCCUCCACAGCCCACAUCACCCAGUACAUCCUGAAGUGGAGAGUGAAAAACACACGCACCCCCUGGAAGGAAGUCAACAUCCCUGGGAACCUGAACUCCUACACCAUCGCUGGCCUGCGACCCGGGGUCACCUACGAGGGCCAGCUCAUCAGCAUCCUGCGCUUCGGAACCCGCGAGGUCACCCGCUUCGACUUCACCACCACCUACGGCUCCCUCGCCACCUCGGAAGGGGAGACCAACCAGCUCCCCUCUGUGCUGGACACUUCUGAGUCGGUGACGGAGAUCACCUCCAACAGCUUCGUCAUCUCCUGGGUGUCGGCCUCUGACACCGUGUCCGGCUUCAGGGUGGAGUACGAGCUGAGCGAGAACGGAGACAGGCCCAAAGUUCUGGACUUGCCUCGAUCCUCCACCUCCGUGAACAUCGCUGAGCUGCUGCCUGGUCGCAGGUACAACAUCAACGUGUACGAAGUCUUACCAGAGGGAGACAACCUCAUCCUCUCCACAUCCCAGACCACAGCCCCGGAUGCCCCAACGGAUCAUGAGAUCGACCAGGUGGAGGAAACCUCCAUCCACAUCACCUGGACCAAACCCCAGGCCCCCAUCACUGGUUACAGAGUCAUCUACACUCCGUCCAUCGAGGGAAGCAGCACAGAGCUGACCCUGCCGGACACUGCCACCUCUGUGACCCUGAGCGACCUCCGCCCCGGCCUGCUCUACAACAUCAGCAUCUAUGCCGUGGAGGAGAACCAGGAGAGCGUGCCCGUGUUCGUCCAGGUCAACACUGCAGGAGAGCCCCAGCCAGAGGUAGUGCCCUCACCGACCGACCUGCAGUUCUACGAGGUGUCGGACGUGAAGAUCACCAUCACCUGGACCGGGCCGCCCAGCGAAGUCUCAGGAUACCGCGUCACCUUUACCCCGGUCGUCCCUGGCGACACUACCCAGAAGCCCCUGCCCCUGCCAGUUUCGCCCAAUGCGUAUGCUGAGAUCACCCACCUGCAGCCCGGCACGCUCUACCGCUUCCACAUCUACGCCAUCAACGGAGGGGUGGAGAGUGAGCCUCUGGUGGGAGAGAAAGCCACCAAGCCAGACACCCCCACAGGCGUCCGCUUCACCGACGUCGGUUCCGACAGCGCCCUGAUCGUCUGGGAGGCCCCUCGCGCCACAGUCACCGGGUACCGUCUCUUCCUGAGCAUCGAAGGCUCCUCCCCCACCCAGCAGAAGAUCCCGGGGGGUGUGGCUCAGUACGCUCUUCGGGGUCUGCGCCCGGACACGGCCUACACCGUCGCGCUGCACUCGGAGCAGGAGAACGUGCUCAGCGAAGCUGUCACAGGAUACUUCACUACUACUCCUCAAAUGGGAAAAAACCCUCCAUUCAACACUGACGUCACAGACACCUCCAUCAUCAUCACCUGGACCCCGGUUCCCAGUUUCAGCUACAGGCUGUCGGUGCGGCCCGGCCAGGGGGGCGAAUCUCCGAAAGACGCGACCUCCGACUCAGGAAGCGUCUACGUGUCUGGCCUGACCCCGGGGACGGAUUACUCGUACAGCGUCCAGCCCAUCGCUAACGGACGGAACCGCGGCAAACCCAUCACCGGCAAAGUUGUCACGCCCCUGUCUCCCCCCACCGAUCUCUCCCUGCAGCCCAACACUAACACUGGUGAGCUGUUCGUCCAAUGGGCCGGCACCAAAACACCAGACUUCACAGGCUACAGAGUGACAUGCACGCCAACCAAUGGACAGCGAGGAAACUCUCUGGAGGAGUUUGUCCAGCCGGAUCAGAACUCGUGCACCCUGGAGCACCUCAGCCCGGGGGUUGAGUACAACGUCAGCGUGUUCACCGUCAAAGACCAUCUGGAGAGCGUUCCGCUGUCCGGCACGGUCACCCAAGACAUACCCACGUUAGACAACGUCAAGUUUGUUGACGUUACCGACACCACCAUCGGUCUGCGUUGGAUUCCCCGCAACUUUACCACCCUCACCGGUUACCGGAUAACGGUGCUGGCGUCCGGCGAGAGUGUGCCCAUCGUCCAGGACAUGGUGGACUCGGCUAGCGGUUAUUACACGGUGCGAGGGCUGGAGCCCGGAGUCGAUUACGACAUUGUUAUUGUCACGGUGACGGAGGAAGGCGAGAGUGAGCCGUUCUCGGUUACAAAGCAGACAUACCCUGCUGUACCAGCGCCCACCAACCUGAACUUCGGCGGCGUCGGCCCAGACACCAUGAGGGUCACCUGGACGGCACCCAGCGUCGCCACCCUCAGUGACAUCACACGCUUCGUCAUCCGUUACCACCCAGUCACCGACGACACCGACAUCAAGGAGCUCAACGUGGGCGGAGCCACCAACACCUUCCUCCUGCAGAACCUGAUGCCCAACACAGAGUACCGUGUGAGCGUGGUGUGUGUGUACGAGGAGAGAGAGAGCAGCCCACUGACAGGCACGCAGAGAACCACUCUGGAUUCUCCCACCGGCCUGGACUUCUCUGACGUGUUCACCAACGCCUUCACCGUCCACUGGCAGGCGCCACAGUCUGUCAUCACCGGCUACCGGAUCCGGUACCAGAUGACCAGCGGUGGCAGGUCCAAAGAUGAGAGGCUGCCCCCGACCCGGACCCAAUUCACCCUGACGGGCCUGGCUCCGGAGACAGAGUACCUGAUCCACGUGUUCGCUGUGAGCGGCAGCCAGGAGAGUCUACCCCUCAGCGGAACACAGGCCACCACCUCCGACGCUCCCACUGACCUGGAGGUGCAGUCCUCCUCCCCUACCACCAUCACCAUCCGCUGGGACGCCCCCUCUGUCACGGUCAGGUACUACAGGAUCACCCACGGAGAGACGGGUGGGGAUUCCCCUCCUACGGAGUUCACCAUCCCUGGAUCUCAGUCCACCGCCACCAUCUCCAACCUGAACCCCGGGACCGACUACACCAUCACCGUCUAUGCCGUUACUGGUAGAGGGGACAGCCCCGCCUCCAGCACCCCCAUCUACGUCAGACACAAGACCGAGGUGGAGUCCCCUUCCCAGAUGGAGGUGAUGGAUGUGAAGGACAACGGCCUGACGGUGCGCUGGUCUCCGUCCCAGGGCCCCAUCAAGGGCUACCGGGUCACCAGCGUCCCCAAGAACGGACAGGGACCCUCCUUCUCCGAGGUGGUGGCCCCUGAACAGACAGAGAUGUCGUUCACCGGUCUAAUGCCGACGGUGGAGUACGUUCUGAGUGUGUACGCUCUGGGAACCGACGGAGAACCCUCUGCUCCUGUGGUGGAGAACGCCAUCACAGCCAUGGACCGUCCUAAGGACCUCUCCUUCUCCGAUGUGGACUCCACCUCCGUGCGCAUCACCUGGGACGCCCCUGACGGCGCUGUGACAUCAUACCGCGUGCUGUACUCCAGCCCAGAGGAGGGCGAGAGAGAGCUGCGGCCGGCACCGCGCGGCCAGGACGACAGCGUGGUCCUCCGGGGGCUACGCCCAGGCACAGAGUACACCGUCAAGGUCAUCGCUCUCCACGGUGGAGCCCCCAGCACGCCGCUGGUGGGCACCCAGGCUACAGCCAUCCCAGCCCCCACCAACCUCAUAUUGUCUGAGGUGGGCGACGCCACGUUCACCGUCAGCUGGAGGGCUCCCAGCGCCAGGCUGACAGGGUACCGUGUGGUGGUCAACCCCAAGAACAACAACGGCCCCACCAAGGAGAUGAACCUCGGCCCGGACGUCACACGCGCCACAGUCACUGGGCUCAUGGUGGCCACUAAUUAUGUGGUGCAGGUCUACGCUCUGAAGAACUCAGUCACCAGCCGACCCCUGGAGGGAGAGGUCUCCACACUAGAGAACAUCAGUCCUCCUAGACGGGUGCGUAUCAGCGACGUGAAGGACUCCUCCAUCACGCUGACCUGGCGCUCCAAGGUCGAGACCAUCACCGGCUUCCUCAUAGAGGCCACGCCCCUCGGGGUCAACCGCCCGACUAUCAAGAAGACAAUCACCGGAGAGCAGAACACCUACAUCCUCACUGGUCUGGAGCCUGGUACCACCUACACUAUCAACCUCUACACUCUCAACGGCAACGCCCGAAGUGCCCCCUUCUCUCUCACUGUCAGCACUGCUAAGCCAGCUGUCCAUGCCCCCACCAACCUGCAGUUCACCUCACUGACCCCCAACUCCAUCUCCUUCACCUGGGAGCCCCCGGCCACACGUAUCACAGGAUAUUACGUCACGUACGAGCAGGCGGGCGGAGCACCCCGUGAGAUCAGCCCACGCCCGCACGCCGGACAGAACUAUGCCACCAUCUCUGGUCUGAGGCCGAAUACUGAGUACAUCAUCAAGAUCAUCGCCCUCCAGAGCUCUCAGACCAGCACCCCACUGGAGGGCACUGCCAGAACUCAACCGGAAUCCCAGCUUGGGCUGCCUCUCCCUAACCGGCCCGGCCGCCCUAGCAUCCUGGACGUGCCCGAGGUCACCUCCGGCGACACCGACAACAGCGUGGUGGGCCCCAGCGGACAGGACAUCCCGGGCCAGGGGCAGAACGUGGAGUACACAGAGUACAACAACAACAGGCACCCUCAGGUGCCCUACUGGCCUCAAACGCCCCUGGUGUACGUGCCCUUGCCCGACGCUGAGGGUCGUAGGGUGCCUGUCGUGAGGGUGAACGUGCCCGGCUCUGCCUUUGGUUUCCCAGAGAACGAGACGGGAUCUCCCCAAGAGGCCCAGACUCAGACCACCAUCUCCUGGAAGCCGUACAAGCAGAGCAGCGCCUACCUGGUGUCCUGUAACCCUCUCACUCACACCGAAGAGAAGAUGUUCCAGAUGCGUAUACCAGGCACCUCCACCAGUGCCACCCUGAUAGGUCUCACCUCUGGAGCCUCCUACAACGUCAUCGUGGAAGCCCUCAAGGGGGCGCUCAAGCACAAGAUCCUGGAGGAGGUUGUCACCGUCGGCAACAGCCUGCAAGAAGGCGAGGCGUCCAAUCAGGACAGAUGUUACGACACCUUUACCGCCACUUACCAAGACGUUGGUGCCGAGUGGGAGCGCAUGUCGGAGACCGGCUUCAAGCUGUGGUGUCGGUGUCUCGGGCUGGGCAGCGGUCAUUUCAGAUGUGACUCUUCCAAGUGGUGUCAUGAUGGCGGCAACAACUACCGUAUCGGGGACAGGUGGGAGCGCCAGGCGGAUAACGGUCACAUGAUGAGCUGCUCCUGUCUGGGCAACGGCAAGGGAGAGUUCAAGUGCGAGCCACAUGAGUCCACUUGCUAUGACAACGGGAAGAUGUACCAGGUAGGGAACCAGUGGCAGAAGGAGUAUCUGGGAGCCAUCUGUACCUGCACCUGCUACGGAGGACAACAGGGUUGGCGCUGUGAGAACUGUCGCAGGCCGGGCGCUGAGGUUGACGCCAGCCUGCUGCAGCCAGUCAGAUAUGGAGACAACACUCUCCGCAAAGUGAACAUUCAGUGCCCCAUCGAGUGCCUUCAACCUGGGCUCUUGGCCGAUGCAAUCGCCGCCCAGAAUCCUCACGAGUAAACAACAUCCUCCCCUGUUUCCGAUUGGCUUUCCCAUCUGGAGACUGUCCUCUACCUGAGACCCGUCUUCCUGUUUGUGACAAUCAGCCCAUCAGUGCUUUGCUGAGAGCACCCCGCCCAAAAUGGCAACCUUACAUUUGACCCCCGGGCUUCCUGAUUAGCUUAGCAACGUACCGUCCUUUAGCACCGCAUAACCAAAGAUGCCUGAACACCAAAGCGCUCAAGGGAGUCACUAACGACUUCAAGAGCAGUUACAAUUUUUUACCAUUAUUAAUUAGCGUCUGUUCUUUCACUGUCUGACAGUUGCUUGAGUUUGUCUCUUCUAGAAUCCGUUCUGCUUGUGGGUUCUAUCCCCUCUUAGUGAUUGUGGUGUUUCUUUUACAGCAUUAAUCUUGUUUGUCUGUGCAUCCCAAAUGCCUUCAAAAGAUACGAACCUUCUGUGAGUGUGCGUAGGCCAAAUACCAUGGCCUUUUAAUCUUCAGACAUGAUUUCAUGUGAUUUAAUUUGUCUUCUGAAACUUGUAUCGCUUAAAAUAAAUAGUUUUCCAACACCUUGUCAGUGUUACAAUAACACAAUUCUGUUUUACCCAAAGUUCAAUGAUCAGAGCUAGUCUGCCUGAAAUGAAGCACUGUUGGAGAAUGUUGUAGAGGUUUGUUUUGUCCAUGAACGUAUAUAAAAAAACAACUUGUUUUUCCAUUUCUGUAGCCCAUGUUGUUAGCAGGGCUAGCACUGUGUGUAGUGAUUUACACCUACUGAUGAGAUGUUUUGCUAACUCUUAAAUGCUUAGUUGUAUUUUAUUUAUCCCUUAAAAUCACAGCAUGUCAACUGAAUGUGAGCAGGGCUGUGAUGUUGAAUCUUCUGGGUUCUAUUUUUGUACUUGAGGUGCCAGGAUUAUCGCUACUGUUGAAAUUCCCUGGUUUUAAUAAAGUUGAUGAGAACCUCA